CACGAAUUCUCUAUUAGCAAUUAUCAAGAAAUUAAAAAGAAAGGAGUUCAUGGUUCCAUCAUCAUGUUUAGAAAUAGAAUUAAGCAUCAAAUUAUUAGCUUUUUAAGCUUUAUCAUUUGGAAUGUAGUGUUCUUUUCACUUCUUCCACUUACUUCAGCAUCAGUUGCAUCAUUUGUUGAUACAAAUUAUGUAUCAAAGGGAGAUUUAUAUGACGCAACUCUUAACACAUUUUUUCCAAUAUUUUUUGUGAUUUUGUUCAAUGUUUCAGGAAAACCCGGGUCCAUCAAAAAUAUAGUAUUACCAUUAUUAGAUGAUUUAUUAUAUAAUGUGAUUACUUGGAUGAUUCCACUGGUAGUCUCUUUUGCCUAUGAUGAAUGGUUGAGUAUAAAAAUAUUUUCAAUCAUCAACAUGUGUUUACACAUACUUUGUGCAGUACUUGCAAUAAUCAAAUGGAGAAGAAUAUAUAAUGAUAAUGUUAAUUUUGCCUUUACCUUUCUUUUCUUAAUAUUAUUUCCAGUUAUGGCUAUUCCAAUAUUCUGGAUGAUUAUUAUCGUACGUAAAGCUACUUUUGAUUCAACAUCUAUAAUAUUUCUUACAUUAUUCGGAAUAUGUUUAGUUUUUGUUAUAUUAAUUAUUAUUAUGAAAGUAAAAUAUAAUUAUUUCGAAGGGAUAAUUGGAGAAAAGAAGAUGUUUAAAAUAAUUUAUGCAUUCAUCAUUAUAUGUUUUUAUGUUCCAAAUAUUCUUCAAACAUUACUGAUUGCAUUAAGCUGGCCAAUCAAUUUUUACUUUAUCAAAGCAUUGGUGUUUAUACUUAUUCUAUCUUUAACAAGAAAUGUAUCUUACUUUGCUGGUAAGGUCCCUGAUGACUUUCUGGCUACUUCAACAACAAUGACUCAAAAUUACAUCAAGCGUCUAUUAGAAAAAGAUGUGCAUGAAAUACUUGAACCGCAAAUAACAAUGGAAGAAAUGCACAGAGUACAAACAGAAAUGCAGACGAAAAUUGAUGAGAUGCAGAAAACAAUAAAUGAAAUAAAAAAUAUUAAUGGAUUAGACAAAAAAAAUUAAGGAUGGAAUGUAUUACUAGUUUCUUUUUUCUAUUCUUAUUUUUUUUAAAAAAUUUAAAUAA